AUGUUGGUCAAAUUGGAAAGCUCAGAAAGUCCUCAGAGAGAACACAUACCCACCGUUUCGGCCGCUGCGACCAGUCCGUGCUUCCCGUCCCUUUCGUUGAUGGUCGAGAAUUAUCUCCCUCAGAACAACCUGCACAACAACUACUACAAUGGUCAAGCCCCUGCUUCCGUCCGCACGACGCUCCGCCAAGACUUCAUCCAACCUCAGCAAGACGAAAAAACAAAGGCGACCACAGAACGUAGACUCGAAAAGCCUCCGUUCUCCUAUAUAGCCCUGAUCGUCAUGGCCAUUCAGAGCUCGCCAUCUAAACGACUGACUCUUAAUGAAAUCUACAAGUUCCUGCAAACACGCUUCAGUUUCUUCCGAGGAUCCUAUCAAGGAUGGAAGAACAGCGUUCGCCACAACCUGUCGCUGAACGACUGCUUCAACAAACUUCCGAAAGGUCUCGGUAAGACCGGGAAGGGUCAUUACUGGACCAUCGAUCCCAGCUCGGAGUACAUGUUCCAACAGGGCUCCUACAGAAGGAGACCGCGAGGCUUCCGUCAGAAGUGCCAACAGAAAUCGAACUACACCCCCACGGCAAUGACAACGCCACCACCCAUUUCCACGGCACCGCCGGCGCCAUCGUACGCUCCGAGCUACUACAGCCCAGUUCAGACGACUCAAGGCUACAGUCCCGCCGACAUGGUGCCGGGCAACUACACGGCAGCCGACUGCAGUAACUACCAGGGCUACGCCUAUCUGAGUUCCGAAUACUACGUGAACUCUGCCGUUCCCACCAUGAGCUACGACUACAUGAAGCCGCUCCCCUCUCUGAGUGGAUUCGAUGUAAAUACCGCAGUGCCCCAAGCCGGUUAUCAGGAGGUACCCCAAGAUUACCCGAAGAUGAUCAACCCCAUCCUAGAUCACUCUUCUUCAGAUGGCAAAAUCCUCGAGGAAGUUCCCCGAUUUUCGGUGCCGUCUUCUCCUCUAGAAUCUACCGGAAUCCCGCCUCACGACCUCUCAUCGUCCGUAGAGCAUCAUCAGGUCCACACAGCGCACUUCUACGACUGCAGCUCGUACUGA